AUGUUGUUCAUCUCAAUCAACAGUACAUACUUGACAUUGAACACUUCGAUAAUUAUCUACUACUAUCCUUUAGUUACAUCGAUAAAUGAGGUGACAGAGACACAGCCCCAUGUGACCAUUUAUGGUAACUUUGGAUCAUUCAAUAUCAACAACAACAACGACAGCACUAGUAUCAAACCAGGUCUUGCCAACAUCACAAUCGACAUUGAUGGGAGUAUCUACACUUCGACCAAAGAUCUAAACAUUGUGCCAUUGGUUAUUGAAGAUCAAUGUGGAGAUCAUUCAUUGUGCUCUGGUAACGGAUACUGCUACAAGCGUAGAUGUGUAUGCUCCAAAGGCUACGGAGGAUUCAUUUGUGAAUCACAGAUCAAUCAAGAGUCUAAGAUACUGCCAGAUGAUUCAUUGCCAUCAGCGGUGAUCACCUCAACAACAGAGAGGUUUGACAUAUCAAUUGUGUCAAUCCAAGAGCUUGACUACAAUGAUCAUAUAGUCAAAGAUGUAUUGACUCCAUCUUGGACACCAAUCAUACCGAUCAAUCAAUCAAUCCAUCAAUACUCAUUCAAACAUGAUGGAUAUAUUGAAGUGAUCGCAACACUUCAAACAACAACAAACAUGUCAAUCCAAACAAUAUUCGCUGGUACAGCCAUCACUCUAGACACUAAUACACUCAAAGUCUCGAUAGCUAUCAAUGGAUGGAGAUACCGCUCAAACCUCAACACUCUCCGAGUCGUAAUGAAGGUGGACUCUGAGUACCAACAUAUCAAGUCAUGUAUCGAACCAUCGCUCACCAAUGGGACAAGUCCAUAUGACAACAACCUUCAGUUCAUCAGACUAAACUACAAUGGCAGUGCUCUAUAUGGCAGCUUCCUACCUGUUGGCCUAUCAGAUGGCCGUCCAUUCUACUCGUUCAAUCAACUUAUCAAUGUAUCAUCAUCAUCACCAGCUGGCACUCAUGGCAACUCAACAUCAUCAACAUCAUACAUUGGUAUCAACAUGCCACAAUGUAGACAAUGCGUGAUCGAUCCAAACUUUAAUAUCCUCGUUGACCAUGCCGAUGGCUCGUCCAACACUGCAUGCCUAGAUGCUCAAUCGGCUACAAGUAUAUCAUUUGAUACUUGGAAGAUUGUAACGAUUGUGGUAGUAUGCGGAGUGGCACUUGCAGCCACAAUCACUGGUGCUAUUGUCUACUUCAAGCGCAAUGCCAAUGUCAAACUUGAACGUAAGAGGAUAGAGACCAGACUGAAACAAUUAAACAUUUGA